AUGUGCUUCUCAGCUGUUAGGGUCUACACAGAGAAGCAAGCGUAUGCCACUGGAGUAAACAUCAGCUUUGUGGCGGUGACGGCGGAACCAGACCCAUUGGAGUUUCACUGGCAGUUUGGGGACAGCGUAACAGUUGUCACUACAUCCAGACGCUUCAUCAAGAGCUAUGCCCUUCCAGACAGGUACAAUGUCUCAGUGAGUUUGUCCAAUGGACACUACUGUGCCAGCUCUGCAGUUUAUCGAGUGGUCAUCCAGCAUGUAGUGCAGCUCACCAGGCUGCGGUACAGUCCCACCGCGCUGCCGAAUACGGCCGUGCAGCUGAUCUGCAGGGGUAGGCCUGCCACUGACGUCACCUAUCUCUGGGACUUUGGAGAUGGGAUUCAAAGAUUUGGACAAGGCAUUGUGCAUCAUGUGUAUAAUAGAACUGGGGAGUUCGUAAUAAAAGUGACUGUAUCCAACCUGGUGAGCUCUGCCUCGUUACAAGGACAUCUGUUUGUAGUUUCUGAACCAUGCAAACCACCUCCAGUGAAAAACAUGGGCCCCAGUUUAAUACAGGUGUGGCGUUACCAGCCUGUGCAGCUCAGCGUGACCUAUGAGGCUCCGAUCCAGUGCAGAGUCUCCCGGGGUCUCCUCUACAGUUGGAGCCUGUGUGACCGAGGAGGCCAGCCACUCCACAUCCCUCUCACGGACACAAACAAACAGUACCUCCACCUGCCGGAGUACUUCCUUCAUUAUGGAACAUACAAAGUGCUAGCCAAGGUUCAGGUAGCAGGCAGCAUAGUUUACAGCAACUACUCUGUGCUGUUGGAGGUGAGGCCCAGUCCUCCCGUGAGCACCAUCACCGGUGCCACACAUCUAUUUUUGAGCCGCCACGACAGCAACGCCAUCAUCACAUUGGACGGACGAGGGUCACAUGACCCCGACUUUCCUGAUAAUGUUAUGAGUUACAGUUGGAAGUGCACGGCAGUAAACACAGCUGAGAGCUUGUGUUUCACAGAACCAGUUCCUACUUCCUUUGCAGUACUUGCGUUUCCUGUCAACGUCCUCAGGACUCGCUGCGACCUGUUCAAAUUCACACUCACCGUGCACAGCGGGUGGCGAUCGGCCUCGUCCGACAUGUUCAUCACAGUGAGAUCAAAACCAAGCAGAAUUAUUCAGAUGUCAUGCGAAGAGUGCCGAGGAAACUCAGUUAACUGGAACGAGCAGCUCGCUGUCACAGCUGCGUGUGAAAGCUGUCCAGGAAACAUCACCUAUUCCUGGCAGCUGUACCUAGUGAAAGCUUCACACCGUGCCCUUGCUGAGGUGCCUUUCUGCAGCAGCGUGGACAUACGCUCAGCCUCCGACACGGGCGGCACAGCAUUUAGUUCUCAGCAGUCAGGAGAGGCAGUGCCUAUGUCUGGUUCCUUUCUGAAUGAUUACCUUCACACGACCGCCGUUUCAGCUCUCUCGAACGAAGCUUCAAUCAGCAACGAUGACGUACCAGACGUUAAGGCCGUACCACAUGAUCCGUAUGAUUUAGAUGAAGCGAUCCGGCCCUCGGAUGUUCACCAGGGCGAUAACGUUGUGGGGCCCAACAGUCUUGGCCGAGGGGAGCCAGAAAAGACGCUGCUGGAUCUGCCCAGAGAGCUCAUCCAGCCACUGGUGUUUGAGUCCCUCACAUACACAGGGACAUCCUCUCCCGUUGUCACGUUUAAACCGUCCAUGCUGAAACCCAAAAGUCUUUACAUGCUGGAGGUCUCUGCAAGUAAGUCUGAACACCGUGGUAAGGCCCAGCUGUUCCUGCCCACGUGGGCCGCGCCGGAGGGUGUGGCCUGCCAGGUGCAGCCCAGCACCGGCCUGGAGAUGCACACCCACUUCAGUAUCUUCUGCAGCACAGGACAGCAGGAUCUCAUAUAUGAAUUCAGCUUUAGUGUGGGGAGCUCCCCAAGUACACGUCUCUAUAAGGGCAGAAACUACCAACACUACUUCAGCCUUCCAUCUGGGGACCCUGACAGUGAUUACACAGUCACCAUCUUCAUUAAAAUUGGGAACAGACUCGGAGCCCUGACUAGACCUUGCCCUGUGAGCAUAACGGUUCUACCCAGCUUCCAGAGGACCUCAUCGCCUCACUCCACUCCAGAAGAGGAACUGUUUGUGUAUGGCCUAGGUAACCUCACCAACCUUAUGCAAACAAGGAAUGACAGAGACAUUAUUAACUACAUCUCACUACUCACUGGGGUGUUGAACCGGUUGAGUCAGGACCCACAAUCCUCUGCAGAACUGCAGAAGCACACACGGGCUGCUCUCAUCUCAGCGGGUUGUCAUGUGACCAUCACCAGUCAGGAUUUGCUGCUUGAUGUCCUCCAUGCUAUUUCAGACCUUAUGAAAGUUUCUAAUCAAGUGACAUUUGGCAGUGCUAAACUGAUAAUGGAACGCACCCGGGAUAUCCAGGACAUAUACCUUCGUGAAUCCAGCUUGCCUUACAGAGUGCUGGAUGCGAAGGUGCUGAACGCGCUGGUACAUGUCCUCUCUUGUGUUCUGGACGUUCCCGCGCUUUCCUCCACGCUGGGGAUCCAACUGACCCGAGAUGCUCUCCACAUCACCUCAGAUGUGGUUCUGAUGUACAUGCAGUCUAGCAAAGACUCGGAAUACAGUGUGAACUCGACAUUUAUGAAGUUGAUGGCUUGGCACUGUAGCAGUUUUCCUACCCCAGUGAAAACCAUUAAUGGGACCACAUUUUACAUUCCUAAUACACUGGAGACAGACAUUAACCGUGGAAGCAGCGAUAACGAGCAAGCCCCCUGCUUCAUCACUCGGCUUGUGUCAUACAAGCAGAAUCCUUUUCACUGGCAGAGGGCCCCUAAACAGCUGGUUGGAGGUGUGGUGGAUAUAAAAGUCUUCAACUGCACCACCAGGAGGGAGGUUCAAAUGAAAGGCCUGUCUGCUCCGGUUGUCAUUGAGUUCCAGAAGCGUGAGAGGAGUAUCAAAAGGGGCGUGAGCUUUACUCUUAUGCAGCGUGAGGUGAACACGCACCAGUUCGACAUCACACCUGAGCUCCUCCACAAGGCUCUUCAGGUCACUGUGGAGUUCAGAAGGCCAUCCAGUCGCAUCUUCCCUGUCCUGAUGCUCUUCAGAAUCCAUAAGAGACCAACACCAACUUUGUACAAUAUACAGGAAGUCUAUCGCUGGAAAGGGCAGGCAGCUCAGAUCUUUCUGCCCCCUUUAUCUCUGAAAGAUGCAGGGACUGGCUAUUUGAUGAUCCUUAAUGCAGACUUCAAUAAAAGCUCCAGGAACAGAUAUAUUUCAAAGGCUGUGAACUACACACUAAGCAUCCAGGCUAUUGAGUGUUUGGCGUGGGAUGGACUCAGGGAAUGGAGACCCAAUGACUGUUCUGUGCUUCCUGGGCUCACCUGGACUAAAAUCAACUGCAGUGUCUCGGCCUGCCUGACGCCGUGCGUCAUGGCAGCAGUGUGCACAGCGCUCUACGCCGUGAUGUUGGUCUUCGGCAAGGACGCAGAUGGCCGUAUGGAGCAGAAUUCAAGCCCUUUACUUCUGCCAGACAACAAGCCUUCUGACCACUUCCUCUACGCCAUCACCACUGACACAGGGCUCAGGUCUGCAGCCAGCAUGACUGCAAAGGUUUAUAUUGUUCUGUAUGGUGAGAAUGGACUCUCUCAGACCAGGGAGCUCAGUAGUCCCGACCACAAACUCUUCACCCGCAAUUCCAGAAACACGUUCAUUCUGAGCGCCCCCCAGAGUCUGGGCCGGGUAUGGCAGGUGCACCUGUGGCAUGAUAAUGGCGGUGCCUCUCCCAGCUGGUUCCUGAGCCACGUGGUAGUGAAAGACAUGGUGGAGGGCCGCAGCUGGCUGUUCCCAGGUCAGUGCUGGCUGGCUGUAGACGAAGGAGAUGGGAGGGUGGAGAGAAGGCUGCAGGAACAGGAGCUCCCGUUUAGAGAGGCGCUGACCUGGAAUCUCACAGAGUGCCUCGAAGACUUCCACCCAUGGCUGUCUGCUUACAGCCGGCCAUCCUACAGCACUCACACACAUGUUCAGCGCUUGAGUGUGUGUUUUUUGCUUCUGCAGGCUUACAUGUGUGCUAACGCCGUGCUGGUGCAUUUUCACGAAGAGCAGUAUUCCUCAGAGCUGGGUUUGAUUGACGUGUCACCAGUCUCCAUGACAACGGGGCUGUGCGGUCUGGCUCUGCUGCCUCUAGGGAGUCUGGUGUCUUGCCUUUUCCGCAUCAGUAAGAUCCUCACCAUGCUUCUGUGCGAUGGCCUGCAAAGUGUCCCAGACUGGAUGACACCUGGAUUUGUGUCCUGUACUCAGCAAGCAGACAGCUCUACGCUGCACAGAUCAGCUGAGUCCAGCUCUGCUAUUGAAGUUAUUGAAGAAAAUGUUCCUAAUGGCAGUGACAAAUUACAGGGCAGAAGAUUCACAUGCAGUUCCUUUGAUUUCCAGUCAGGCCUAGCAGUGAACGCUUUCUCAAGUACCCAUGAUUCCUCCAGAAAGUGUAGCACUCUGCUGGUGUGGUGUUACUCUGUGGCAUGGGCUCUUUGGCUGUUUUUGUCUCUCACUUGUAUUGUCGUCACUGGAACUCUGGGACUGAAGUUCAGCUCAACAAAGAGUCUCCUGUGGAUCCAGUCCGUGUUCUUUUCUCUCUUCUUUUGUGUCUUUGCUGUGCACCCAGCAAUGGGUUAUUUUAUCCAAUGCUCAACUGCCAGUGAGUCUACAGUAGAGCAGCUGAAACAUCACAGGCCAAGUGAAGCCUGUUUUUGUUUUAUCUCAUGCCAACAGCCUGAAGUGAUCAAUAAACAUUUUGAAAAGGUGCUGGCAGCCCGUCAGAGAGCCAGACACCUCCGGCUUGUGCACCCACCUACUUCAGCAGAGCUUAAAAGUGUGAGACACCAGUUUAAACGGAGGACACUCCUUCGCAAAACAAUAAGAUCAGAAGCAUUCGGGGUGCUUAAGGAGCUUUGGGCCACAGGCUGGACGGGCAGACACUCACACGCCGUGGCGAUCCAGUUUACGUUGUACAGUCCUCUGUACGGCCUGUUCAGCACGGUCACCGUGCUGGGAGAGCGGACACACCCCGGAAGACUUGUGUCCUCCAGUUUCAUACAUGCCGCCCGGCUCGGCCACGCAGCCACGCCGCUUUCCUACUGGCUCGUGGCUACUGAGCUUCUCUUCCUCUUCCUCACUCUGCUCCACGCAAGCUUUCUGACGUGCGUCAUCGCUCAGAGGGGAUGGCCUUACUGGACCGAUAUUCAAAACUUGCUAGAGGUGGUAAUACUCCUCGUCAGUCUUAUAUCCUUCAUCUGUACAGUACACCACUUCACACUGAAAGAAGACAUGAUUGAAAACCUGCAGAGGGACAAUUAUAAGACAUUUGUUGACUUAAGCCUUCUUUCCUUUUGGGAACAGUUUACUCGGGUGAUCUGUGGCGUUCUUCUGUUCCUCCUUCUGAUAAAGUUCUGCUUGCUUCUACGCAUACAUGAAUCAGUGGAUUCUGCUGCAUCUGCUAUGACCUUUAUCUUCCCCAACAUGCUUUGGUCUUUGAUAGCUGGUGUGAUUCUCCUUAUCGCUUUCUCCUGUCUGGGGAACCUGCUGUUCCAUUCACAGCCAUCUGUCUUCAGCACCCUCUCAAGAUCUGUUUAUUUCAGUAUCGCACACUCCUGCGGUGUGGGAAAGCUCAGGGACCUGGAGCAGCCCCAUCACAGAAGUCAAAGUCUCAUCCUGGAGGAGUUUGAGGAUCUCCUCGAUGAACUCUUGCUCCGUCUGAGCAGUGUUUCCGACAACCAGGAGCCUCAGAAUCUCCCUUACACUGAACGUCACUGCAGCCCAGAGGUGGCCAUAUUUUCAGCUGCUGACCUCAAUAAAACAGUGCCUAUGAUGAAGAAGAAUGACCCCUGUGUGACUGGUGUCUCUUCAUGUCCACCUGAAGACUGCAUUGUAAGGUAG